CCUUUACAAGAUGAUCUUAUUAUGGAUUGCACUGCUCUUUGUUAAUCGAGGAUCUGCACUCGUUCCAGUAACUACAGCUCACCUCGGGGGACCUGUAACCUUCACAUGUGUUCUACCCAAGACUGAGACUGGCCGCAGAGACAUCCACUGGUAUAAGCAGAGUCUUGGAGACACUCUGAAAAUAAUAUGGACACUAAAGGAAUCUGCAACACCUAGGUUUGCACCUGAAUUUGAUAACUCAAGAUGGGAGGCUGAUUAUGAUAAAAAUGUUAGCAACCUGACGAUUUUGAGAACAAAUCAAGAGGAUGAGGGAAUCUAUCACUGUGGGUUCACAGAGUGGCUCCAAGAUACUACAUGGACGGGGACAUAUUUGUUAGUAAAAGGAAACACCCAGAGGAUAUCAAACUAUACCGUUGUUCAGGAGAAGACCACCCGUCUAGGAGACUCAGUGACUCUCCAAUGUUCAGUUCUCUCCAGCUCAGUUAAUAAGACAUGUCCAGGGGGUCUUGAGGUAUUCUGGUUCAAAGAAGGAUCACAUAGAUCUCAUCCUAGUAUUAUCUAUACUAAUGGAAACGGACAUCAUGAAUGUGAGAAAAGAUCAGAGACUGAAAAGAGCUGUGCGUAUCGCUUCUCUAAGAACAUCAGCUCCUCUGAUGCUGGGACUUACUACUGUGCUGUGGCCACAUGUGGGGAGAUAUUGUAUGGAAAAGGAACUAAACUGGACAUUCAAGAUGCUGUCCUGGAGAAAAACUUUGGUGAUUUGAAAAGCCAACAGAAAAAGGACACAUUGAUGUUUUCUGCUGUUGUGUUUACGAUGAUGAAGGCUGACAAAUACAAAAGACAGGAUGCAGUGAAGCGGCAGCAGAUCUACAUGGCUGUCAAGGCUUUUGGACUGGAUUAG